CCAAACAGACCCACGGACAUACAGUAUGUGUGGGCUGGGGCUGGAUAUGAGGACUGUUUUGAAGUAACACGUUCUCUAGAUCUGGAUAUGGGAGAGUAAAAACACCGACACGCUAUGGAUAGGCAACAGAACCUGAACCGGACGGAGACCUUCUCCUUCGUCAACCCCUGGAUCCGAUAUUUUCUCUUCUUCUUCAGCUUCCUUUUCUGGGUUUUCUCAUUGCUGAUCGUUGCAAUCGGAGUGUAUGCGAAAGUCCAGAAAGCUACAGACACAGUGCGGGACACGUUCCUCAUCGACCCAGCUGUCAUCCUAAUUGUGGUGGGGGUGGUCAUGUUCUUCAUUACGUUCUGCGGUUGCAUCGGGGCCCUCCGAGAGAACAUUCACCUCCUCAAGACAUUCUCCAUCAGCUUGACGCUGGUCUUCCUGACACAACUGGCCAUUGCAAUACUGGGCUUCUUCUACUCUGAUCAGGUAUCUACCUCUUUGCCGUCAAGUCCAUGCAGUAGCUGAGGUAUUAGAGAAUCU